CCAGUUUAGAGGCGAGACUUUGCGAAAGAUAACAGCGCACAGUGAUUUCUGCAGGCAUGUGAAGAUCCAAACAGAGCUCAUUAUAUACAUAUUCAAGCCUCAUAUUUCGUGUUCAAUAAUUUCCAUUAUAUUUUAAUAUUCUAUUUCCCUUAAAAAGGGUUUAUUUUACUGCAAAGAUGACAGCAUUAUAUCUACUGAUUAUGGCCGUGUCCUUCGCUUUAAUAACUGCAGAAUCAAUUGUUUAUUUCCGAGAGCAAUUUGAAGACGGCGAUACCUGGAGGAGCCGAUGGUUGGAAUCCAAGCAUAAAUCAGACUACGGCAAGUUUGUGCUUUCUGCAGGCAAAUUUUAUGGUGAUGCCGAGAAAGAUAAGGGUCUUCAGACCAGUCAGGAUGCUCAUUUCUACGCGCUGUCAUCCCGCUUUGCUGAUUUCAGCAACAAGGAUCAGCCCUUCGUGAUCCAGUUCACUGUAAAACAUGAGCAGAGCAUUGACUGUGGUGGAGGCUACAUCAAACUUUUCCCAUCAGACCUCAAACAGGAAGAUAUGCAUGGAGACUCCACAUAUAAUAUCAUGUUUGGUCCUGACAUCUGUGGCCCUGGCACUAAGAAAGUACAUGUAAUCUUCAAUUACAAAGGCAAAAAUCAUUUGAUCAACAAAGACAUUAGAUGCAAGGAUGAUGAAUACACCCACUUAUACACGUUAAUUGUCAAUCCUGACAACACUUAUAAAGUCAAGAUUGAUAAUAAGAAGGUUGAGUCUGGAUCUUUGGAAGAAGACUGGGACUUCCUGCCUCCCAAAAAGAUCAAAGAUCCCGAAGCGAAAAAGCCUGAGGACUGGGACGAGAGGGAGAAGAUCGAAGACCCUGAUGACAAGAAACCAGAGGACUGGGACAAACCCGAGAACAUCCCUGAUCCUGAUGCCAAGAAGCCUGAUGACUGGGACGAUGAGAUGGAUGGGGAGUGGGAGCCGCCCAUGGUCACCAAUCCUGAAUACAAGGGUGAGUGGAAACCCCGCCAGAUUGACAAUCCUGCUUACAAAGGGAAAUGGGUGCACCCUGAGAUUGAUAACCCGGAGUACACCGCUGACACCGAAAUCUAUAAAUACGAUAGCAUCGGAGUGAUUGGACUGGACCUGUGGCAGGUGAAGUCUGGCACAAUUUUUGACAACUUCCUCAUUACCAACGACCCCAAACUGGCAGAAGAGGUUGGCAAUGAAACUUGGGGUGCCACAAAGGAUGCUGAGAAGAAGAUGAAGGAAAGUCAAGAAGAAGAAGAAAGAACGAAGCGUGAGGAAGAGGAUAAGACAAGAAAGGAGGAAGCAAAGAAUGAAAGGGAAGAUGAAGAUAAGGAAGAGGAAGAAGAUGAGGAAGAGGAGGAUGAAGAAGAAGGGGAGGAGGAGGAGGAUGAAGAAGAGGGGACAGACUCUAAACUCAAAGAUGAGUUGUAGAUUUCAACAGGAACUUGUGAUUGGGGUACAAUGCAGAGAACUGGACUAAUGCUGGACAUUUCUUUUUGUUGUGUGUCGGAUGAUUCCGGCAGGAUUUUUUUUUUUUGUCGUUCCACUACUACAAACCUAUUUAUAGAUAAACUUUAUUUCAUAAUUUUCAUUUGCUCAGACACUAGAAUAAUUACCUCAAAAAACAUGAACUUGAUCUAGUUUGUUGAUAAUGUGGAGCAGUUUUGAGGUACUGUUGCCGCCAUUUUUUUCCAUAUUUCACUUCUGUUACAGAAUAUACUGAGUUGUUUAGAUGGAUGCCAUCUACAGCAUUUUGGCUUGACAGAGUUUUACGUUUGUGUGUGUGUGUGGGUGUGUGUGUGUGUUGGGUUUGCAAGAGAGUCCUCACUUUAUUGUAUGUUUUGUUUUAACCCAAACCUCAAAUUCAUAACCUCUUACUCGCUCUUAAUGUCAAUCUAUCAGUGACCAGGUUAAAAUCUUCGUUGUGUUUUUUCUAAACAGACUCUGGUUCUCACAAGCUGAUACAGUUUUGAUCUGGCCUUCCUCAAUCAGCAAAUUCUGACACCUGGUUUCCCAAAAGUUGAAAUUAAAAAUCUCCACAUAUGACUGAUUGAAUAUUUUGGGAAAGUAAACUUAUAUUAACCAUGUUUAGACAUGACUACAGUUGCCACAAAACUCUUGUGUGUGUUUGCUUUGGUGUACUGAAUUGCUGAUUGAUUUAAUUUGGCAAAUGUAAUAAUCAGGCCCUUAAUCUGUGGAGUGUGGAAAAAUGGAAAGUUUGUGAGAUUUCAAGGGUGUUACGAGGAAAGUUCCAUAGCUUUUCUAGAAACACUUCUGCUCUCCAACAGAGAUUUCAGAGCAAUCAUGAAUAUUGCACUGCUGUACUGCUUCAGUCAGAUACUUCUCCCAAUAAAAUAGAUUGUGACUUUU